UACACUGAAUCUUCUUUUUUUUUCCUAUGGUACAAAACAAAAAUGGGGAACGGAUUAUCAAAUUAUUAUGAUUCGAACCCAAAUACUGAAAAAAAUUCUCAAAGAAUAACCACAAUAGCACCAAAUUAUAAUAAUGGAGAAGUUGAUUCUACAUUAUCAAAACAAACUUUAAUUCCAAACCUUUUAGAAGAAUCGGAAGAAAAAUUAAAAAAUAAAGAUUAUAAAAGUUAUAUAACUAUUUUAAAAAGAGCAUCAAAUCUUGGAUCGGGUCUUGCCGCAGCAAGAUUAGGAUAUAUCUAUUUAUAUGGAUUACAAGAAACAAAAUCUGUGACACCAAAUUAUGAAACAUCAGCAGAAUAUUAUUUUUUGUCAUUAAAAUUAUUUAACUUGAUUGAUAAUAAAUUAUGGGAUAUGAAUUUAUUAUUAGAAGUGAUUGAUAAUAUUACAGAAUUAUAUCGAUUUCAAUUUGAUAAAGAAAUUGAUAAUAGAUUAUGGGAUGAAGGAUUAACUUUAUUAAAAGAAAUUGAUUCAAUUAUAAAUGAAACUCAAUUUAUAAAAUUUCAAACUCAUGAAAAUAAUCAAAUACGUAAAGCUAUUAGAAUUCAUAUUUUAUUCAUUUUAGCUUCAACUUAUGAAUUAGAAUGUAAUUAUAUUGAAGCAAUGAAUAUUUAUCAAGAAUGUGAAAAAAUUGGGAUGACAAAUAUUUUAAGCGCGAAUAAAUUAAUCAAAAAGUCUCAUACAAAUUAUAGAUUAUUACGAGAAAAAUUAGAUAAAGAAAUUCCAAAUAUUUCCCCAAUUUGUGUAGAAUGUAAUUUUAAACCAAAAGAUAUUGAAGAAAUUUGGAAAUUAUUGGUUUGUUCUAAAUGUCAACGCGUUGCUUGUUGUAGUCGUCAAUGUUUACAACAUCAUAUAGAUAAUAAUCAUAAUAAUAAUUCUUAGGUUAGAAGAUUUUGUACCAGUGAUUAAAUAAAAAGAUUUGAUUUGAUAUUAUAAAAUUACCAUAAUAUAUUGUACAUAUUUUAUAUAUAAUGGCACAUAUUUUAAUGAGGCGAAGUAAAUGAAUAUUUUUAAGCCAUUUUAUCCAUUUUAUUACACUGCCACAAAAUAUUUUAAUUCAUGAAACACGGCAUUAAACCAAAAGAGAAAUUAUCAGAUGAUCCUAAAUAUGAAAAUCAGCAUUAUUUA